UAGUUACAGUUACAUGUUGCAAUUUUGAAUUUUAUUUUAGUGUAGCAACAUUAAAAAGUGAGUGUUCUUUCGUCGUGUGCCGGUUUCCUCAGAUUUUCGGCUCCCAUAUUUAUCUUUACCUCGAAUUUAAGUUAGAACACUAAUACAAGAUGACUACCGAACCGAUGUUACAACUUAUACAAAUAUUGGAAAAGACAAUAUCUCCCGAUCGAAAUGAGUUGGAAGCAGCAGAAAAAUACCUUGACCAUGCAGCUGCCACAAACUUCACAGCAUUCAUCAAGAUGCUGUCAGAUGUACUGGCACAGGGUGGCAACAGUCAGGUGGCGCGCAUGGCAGCGGGGCUGCAGCUCAAGAACCACCUCACAUCUAAAGAUGCCUCACUCAAGCAACAAUACCAGCAGAGGUGGCUUGCCCUACCAGAAGAAACUAGGCAAUAUAUUAAGAAAAAUAUCUUAUUAGCAACUGGCACUGAAGACACGCGGCCCAGUUCAGCGGCGCAGUGUCUUGCAUAUGUAGCGGUGGCUGAACUCCCAGUGGGCCAGUGGAAUGACCUCAUUCCCAACUUGGUGGAAAAUGUUGUUAAUGUUCAAUCUACUGAACUGAAGAAGGAAGCCACAUUAGAAGCCAUUGGUUACAUUUGCCAAGACAUCGAUGCUGAAGUGUUGACAGAGCAGAGUAACCACAUCCUUACAGCCAUUAUCCAUGGCAUGCGGUCCACCGAGCCCAGCAACCAUGUGCGCCUGGCAGCCACACAGGCUCUGCUCAACUCACUCGAGUUCACUAAAGCUAACUUUGAUAAGGAAAAUGAAAGGAACUUCAUUAUGGAGGUUGUAUGUGAGGCUACACAGUCACCUGAUAUGAGGAUAAGUGUAGCAGCACUACAGUGCUUAGUCAAAAUUCUAUCAUUAUACUACCAAUACAUGGAGCCAUACAUGGGCCAAGCAUUGUUCCCCAUCACCCUGGAGGCGAUGAAGUCGGAAGUCGACGAUAUAUCACUGCAAGGCAUUGAGUUCUGGUCCAACGUCAGUGACGAAGAAAUUGACCUCGCUAUUGAAGAGGCUGAGGCUGCGGAUGCUGGUCGCCCUCCAGUACGAACGUCGAGGUUUUACGCGAGAGGUGCUCUGCAAUACUUGGCGCCAGUCCUAAUGCAAAAGCUCACCAAACAAGAUGACACUGAUGAUGAAUUAGAUUGGAAUCCUUCAAAGGCUGCCUCGGUCUGCCUAAUGCUCCUUUCCAACUGCUGCGAAGACGAGAUCGUUCCACACGUCCUCCCUUUCAUAAAUCUAAAUAUCAAACAUGAAGAUUGGCGGUUCAGGGAAGCCGCGCUAAUGGCCUUCGGUUCAAUAUUAGGCGGCCUUGAGCCGAAUACUCUCAAACCCCUCGUCGAGAAGGCCAUGCCGACCCUCAUCGAGGCCAUGUACGACUCCAGCGUCGCCGUGCGGGACACGGCAGCGUGGACCUUCGGAAGGAUUUGCGAAAUCGUUCCAGAGGCAGCCAUCAAUGAAACUUAUCUCAAACCCCUGCUAGAGAGUCUCGUCAACGGGCUAAAGGCGGAACCUCGUGUCGCGGCAAACGUUUGCUGGGCAUUCACCGGAUUGGCUGAAGCCGCGUACGAAGCCGCGGAUUGUGGCGACUCCAACCAGCCUAAAACUUACUGUAUGUCAAAAUACUUUGACUUCAUCAUUGAACGUCUGUUGGAGACCACUGACCGCCAAGACGCCGCCCAACACAACUUGAGAUCGGCCGCCUACGAGGCGCUCAUGGAGAUGGUCAAGAACUCUCCCUCGGAUUGCUAUAUCACCGUACAAAAGACGACUAUGGUUAUUUUGGAGCGACUGCAACAAGUCUUACAGAUGGAGAAUCAUAUUUCCAGCCAAGCGGAUCGCUCCCAAUUCAACGACCUGCAAAGCCUCCUAUGCGCGACUCUUCAAUCUGUUUUACGUAAAGUUACCCCUGAAGAUGCGCCACAAAUAUCUGACGCCAUCAUGACGGCGCUUCUCACUAUGUUUGCGAGUAACGCUGGCAAGGCUGGAGGUGUUCAAGAGGAUGCUCUGAUGGCCGUCUCCACCCUAGUCGAGGUGCUAGGAGAAGGUUUCCUAAAAUACAUGGACGCCUUCAAAAGAUAUCUUUAUGUUGGACUUAAGAAUCAUCAGGAAUAUCAAGUAUGCAUAGCUGCUGUUGGAUUAACUGGAGAUAUUUGCAGAGUACUGAAAAAUAAGGCACUUCCCUACUGUGACGAGAUUAUCCUGCUGCUGCUGGAGAACCUCGGCGACCCGACCAUCCACCGCUCGGUGAAGCCGCAGAUCCUGUCUGUGUUUGGAGACAUUGCUUUGAGCAUUGGACCUGAUUUCGCCAAAUACUUCGAUGUCGUGAUGCAAAUGUUGCUGCAGGCCAGCAACGCCCAAGUGGACCGUAACGACUUCGCCAUGGUGGAGUACCUGGGCGAGCUGCGCGAGAGCGUGCUGGAAGCGUACACCGGCAUCAUUCAGGGCCUGAAAGGAACAGGCGGAGAGGUGCGCGCGGACGUGGCGCUGGUGGAGCCGCACGUGAACGCCAUCGUGAACUUCAUGAUGGCGGUGGCGGUGGAGCCGGAGCGCACGGACGCGCACAUGUCGGCCGUGGCGGGGCUGGCGGGCGACCUGUGCGCGGCGUUCGGCGCGCGCGUGCUGCCCGUGCUGGAGCAGCGCCCGCUGCUGGACCUGCUGGCGGCCGCGCGCCGCUCGCGCACGCCGCGCACCAAGACGCUCGCCAACUGGGCCACCAAGGAGAUCCGCAAGCUCAAGCAGCAGGCGCCGCCCGCCAGCUGUUUGUCGACGUCGUAUGCCUACGGUGAAGUCUCCGCGAGUCCAGUGCGCGUAUAGUCGAUUUGAAAAAAUGCUAUGUAAAAGCGACGUAAUGCAGUUUCAAACCACCUGCUGCUGGUAAACAACUCAAAUGUAUGUCAGGUUAUGUAUAGCGUCUUUGGUGUAAUUAUUCAUAAGUCGUUAGGUGCAUUCGAUUCCGGGCUUUUUUCUUCCGGUAUAAUUUCACUAGACUGCAUACUAUUUUGUUUGGGGAAUUAAGUGAUUAUGUGCGCUCUAAUACCUAAUAGUAAAGCAGUGCACUUUAAUGGAGUUAAAAAGGCCAAUUUCACAGUUUAGCGAUCGCCUUCUAAGGUCCUCAAACCUAAACUACUGGUUCCUAUGCUGUUUAAUAUGGUUGCCCUUGUAACAGCAUAUAUUCGGAAAAAUUACUUUACCGCCAAUUUAAUUUUAUUUCAAGCAAUUAAUACAAGGAGAUAAAAAUAAAUUGUGUGGGCGGUCCAAACAAGUGAUUGAUAUUAUGUUUAAGCACUGCACUCCUUUUUAACUCCAUUGCUUAAUAUUAACAUUUUAGUAUUAAUACAGAAGUUAUUUCAGCGUCGAUUGUUUUAAUAACGUAGAUUAUAUCACUAACUAUUGUAAUGAAAGAAACAUGAGAAAAGUAGUUUAUAUUUGUUUAUAAGCAAUCAUUUAUUUAUAAAUGGUUACUGGUAGUGAAUUUUUUUUAAACAGCAUUGAUAGUGUUUUAAUGCGUAGUAUUUUUUUUUGCGUUUAUUAACACUGCUUUCUCUGUUUCUUAUCUUGAUUAGUUUUUCGGCUAUGUACAUAGUUAACGAGUAAACAUAGGGAAGAGGCAAUGGCAAGCCGGUUCACGUGAAAUGCCGAUUGGUAUGGGUGAAGGAUCAUUCCUAUGUUUAUUUUUUCCUAGGUAGUGUAUUUUCUAUCAUUAUACUUAAGUAGCUCUAUCAAGUUGUAUACCCCUACAAAGUAUGCAGAUGAAAUUAUAUUUGGAUUUGAGUUUAAGUUGUAAAUGAUAUCAAGUCGGUAAAUGAUCGACAAAAUGCCUGCGAACAGUGCACCUGGCGCGGUCUACUAUUCGGAGUAAUUUAAGUACGCCUGGCUAUAGUAAUCUUUCCAUGUUAAUCUUUAAAGUAAAAGCAUUUUUUCCUAUUUGGUAUUUUAAAUACAGACAGUGGCUGUGGUAUGUUUACUUAUGUGAGAAAAAAGUGAUAGUGAAUUUAAUUUGAAAGCGCGACAGUGUGAAAGAUGACGAAUGUUAUUUUAGGCAUGCACAUGUGCAAGGGAUUAUGAACUUUAUGAAUUUAUUACUAAUUGUGUUUUGUAACAGUGCGAAAAGUCGUAUGAAUGAUUGAGAAUGCAUGAUAAAGAAGACGAGUGGAUGAUUAUCACAGAUCUUUUGUAAACUAAGGCAUGUGUCGAUCUUAAUGGAGAGAUGGAUUAUUGUAUAAGGUUCCAUCAACUUUAAUUGAGACAGGAGGCCGCCAUAUUGGUGAUAGCUGCUUGUUCAUCACAGUACUUUGCUACCCAACAACAAAACCAUAUUUUGCUUUAAAUAAAACUUUUAUUUAAACAAAAAGCAUAUUAUUUGUAAUAAAACAAAACCAUUUAAACUUACGGUUCUCUUCAAUCCCUAACCAAGUAUUUGUGAUGAGUAAGUAGACGCUGCCUUCGGAUCUCGAGCUUACAUUAUUUGUACAUAUGUAAUUAAUAUCGUUUCCUUACGACAUUGAGUGGCAAUCUAUUGUUGGCCAUGCGACUGAAAACUACUGAACCGAAAAUUUAAGAAUAGGAAUAUCAAAUACAAUGAGUUUAAUAAAAUUAUAAAAUAAAUUAAACCAUGGAUUUGAAGUCUGUGAAAUCAGCUCAAUUUGGUACUAAGCUAAAUUAUUUUGUUACAUCAGCGACGUAACAAAAUCACAUAUUUUAAUUAAAUAUAAGAUAUUAAACUAGUUUGCCAUCGGUGCGUGUCUAUUUUUAAACAAUUCUAAUAACGCUGGUUUGGAAUCGCUAUUUCAAUAAUAAUUUUUCAUCAAAUUUUUCAUUUGUUAUUAAGAAAAACAUAGCAAAGUCAUCAUGUUCGUUUCCUUAAUGCGUUGCUGGUUUUUAACCCUGCCUACUACCUGGCUACUACAGAACCGGAUAAUUUGAAAAUCAGGAACUAACCUAUCAAUUGUCCGUGAAUUUUGGUGCUACUUGUAAAGAGAGGAAAUGAUGAACAAAACUUUUUGAAUUAUACGUUCAAAUACGCGUUUUUUUUUCAACAAAUGUAUGUCUCCAAUUAUAAUGUGUGUUGCGGCAAUUCCAGUCAUCUCAUUACUCAAAAGUACAGUCAUGUGUUCGUCAGCUCAUUUUACAGGCUAGUUACAUCUAAGGAUCUAUCUCGCUCGUUACCUACAUGAUUGUCCAUAAACUAGGUAGUUUACAAACUUCGUGUUACCUGUUUCUUAACAUAGUCGAUUCUUGGUUACCUAGUUUUAUGAGUAACGUAGACUAAUUAAGCGAUGCUCAUUUUUAUUUUUAUGUAGUUCAUCGGUGCAGGUCGCUGUAAAUCCAGGUGACUUUCAAAAACACAUCGCAGUUUAAUAUUGUUGCCAUAAACGUCGAUUGACUUAAGUGCCUUUUACUCGUACGUACUCGUGACGCUUCCUGAAACAAAAUAUAUACUCUUAUCGGUCGUUGGUAAGGUCCGACCGAGAUCUCGGUCUCGGCAUUCUCGGCCAAAAAUCGAGCCGAGCUCGGUCUCGGCUCUCGGCUAAAAUGGGCCGAGAUUCUAGCCGAGACCGAGACUAGGCAAUGAGUUAUCAUUGGUGAAUUUAAUUUUUUCCGCGCACGAGCGCCGAGGUUUAAGCCUCCCGUUGGUUGCAUCGCUCGGUUGAUGUGACGUUUUUUGUGGUUUUGAUUGGUUUCGUACCCACAUUUUAAGCCAAUUACUUAUCAAAUACUAAGUGUUGGAAUCGGAUAGGCGCGGUUGCAAGUAAUGACUUGUUCAUUUGGGUCUUUUCGUUUUGUAGUUGUGGUUAUUGAUGAAUAGAUGAGUGUAUAUUGUUAUCGGGAUGUAACUUAGAUUAACUUGUUGUGAGUGAAAGAUGACACUGGAUAUUUUGAUACUAAAUAUAUCUGUGUUAACGGGAAAAAGCAAAGCAGUAGGUAAGUACAAAACGACACCUGUGGCGGAUUUUUUGGGUUACAAUAUAUAACUCCUUAUUUUGAUUAUUGUUAUUGUACCUCUUUUUGUGCACUGUACUGAAAAAAAAACCGGCCAAGUGCGUGUCGGACCACGCAUAAUGGAAGGUUCCGUACCUUCACACAAUACAAAAAAGCCGUACAAGCAAAAGAGCGUAUGUUAGUAGCACUUUCGUCGUUUUAAUAAGAAGAUCAGUUUUUUUUAUAACUCUUUAAUGGCUUAACCGACCAUAUUCAAAAUAAUUUCCCUGAAAGCUUUAUUAUUUAAAUGGUUUUGAUCUCCCGGUUCAAAAGUUAAAGGGGAUUACACUAUUUUUUUGGACCGAUUAUUUUCAAAAGUAUUAGCUUAAUCAAAAAACUUUUUUAGCAACCUUUAUGUAUUUUUAAAGACAUAUCUAAUGAUGAGCCACAUGUUUUUUUUACUAUUAGUUACAUUUAUAUGGAGUAUAUAUUUAAAAAAAAAAUCUAAACUAAGAAGCGACUUACAUAAUACGUAUACACCUACGUUCCAAAUUUGGUUAUAAAAUAUAUCGUAUAGUUUAUGAGUAAAAUGGCUGUGACACGCACAGACCGACAUAAAGACAUGACGAACCUAUAAGGGCCUGCGCUAGCUGACGCGAGUGCACGGAGCGGACGAGCGGGUUAACGAAAAAUAGUAUGAGCGACGCUAACUGAACCGGACGCGUGCGGCGGAUUUCACCUACAAAUAGCACCCGCGUGCGUGCGCACGCGGCGGGCAUCCGCGUCAGCUAGCGUAGGCCCUAAAGGUUCCAUUUUUGCUAUUUUGGCUACGGAACACUUAAAAUACUAUUUAAUAGCGUUACAAAUUAAUUAUGAUAACUUUUUCUGAUUAAUCGUCGAAUUUCGAUUAUAAAAACAUUUUUAGUGCAAAAUUCGACUUUUUUUUUCUAUUUUAUAAAUUCUCGGUCUCGGCCGAGAAUCCCAUUGAAUCUCGGUCUCGGCCGAGACAAAAAUAGCGUUCUCGGUCGGACCUUAGUCGUUGGUGUUAGAUUUAAUACCAUCACAAAUGUGUACUGCUUAUCAAUUUGUAUCUAUAAUUACCGCACCGUACAACUGUACCUAUGAAACGUGUACCGAGCUGGAUUUCGCGUUACUUUACAAUAGGUAGCGGAAAUGGUCAAGUUUUUGCGGGGCGGGCAGCGCGAGCUAUGGCCGCUCGCCGGAGCCGCACGGACCGCCCUCAGUGUGGACCGAGCAGGUCGCCAAGUGAAUGCCGAUUGAGUUGGGAGUGUCUGCUAGUCUGUGAGCAUCACUGACAGGGAUGAUGUUUGCGCGAAUUAUGCAAGAUUUUUUUAGUGUGUCUUAUUAUUGAUCUUCAGAUUCAAUUUGUAUGGAUCAAAUGAUGCGCCGUAUUUAAAGUUUUAAUUGAGUAUGAUAGGAGAAUGUGUGAGGACUAGUGCCAUGCCAUGAAAGGUUCUGAAUUAGAAUCGAAGGCGUCGAGUCGACGAAUACCACCCACUUUUCCUGCGCGAAAAUCGAUUAAAAUUAUUUUGUUACAUCAUUUAUUUAAUUACUUUAUUUUGACUCUGAAUACUAUUCUGUAAACUGUUCUAUAGUAAAUAAAACAUUUAGAUGUUAACAA